CACCAAAGCAGCCAUUUCCUUUUCUUUAUAUAAUUCUUGUAGUUUACCAGCUAGGAUAUUGCUCUAGGGUGCUAUGGCACGCAAGAAGGUGAAUCUCCAGUGGAUCUCCAACAACGCUACUCGGCGUGCGACAUACAAGAGACGCUCCCAGGGCCUGGAGAAAAAGGCUAGUGAGCUCACCACACUUUGUGGCAUCAAGUUGUGCGUAGUGGUGUAUGGUGAGGGCGAGGCUCAGCCAAAGGUGUGGCCAUCGGAUGAAGAGGCCAAGGACCUCCUCAUGAAAUUCAACAACAUGGUAGAUGUUAGUAGCCUCAAGAAGACAAAGAACCAAGAGGACUUCCUCCACAGUCGCUCCUUGAAGCUCCAUGAGCAGGUGACCAAGUUGGAACUUGAAAAUCGCGAGCGUGAAACCUUGGACCUCCUCCAUGAUAGCAUGUAUGGAGAACGCCCAAGCCUGGUUGGCACCGACAAAGACGAGCUCCUUAGCCUUAGGGAUGUGGUGGAGAUGAAGAUGAGAAAAAUCAAAGCACGGCUCCAGCAGCUUGUUGGGCAGGGAGUCCUCCCACAGCCAUUGCCGCAGGUAAUGCUGCCAGUGUCAUCCUCGUUGCAGACACAAGCUUCUUCCUACACCUCCAAUGAGGUGCAAAGAAUGUCAGUACCAGAGGAACAUCGUCCCUUGCAGCAGGACUCAUGACUUGCCAACCUAGCCCCAAACUACAACUACCCCGAAGCCGGUAGUAGUAGCGAGCCCAGUAGCAGUGGGUGUGAAAUGAUGCACCCUUACAAUCUGGGUACCUGGUCAAGGCCCCCAUCGGUAUGCUAGGGAAACAAAUCCCAUAGUGUGCAUGGCCAGAUCUUAUAUGUUUCUGUUGCAUUUUGCCUAUCGCUAUUAAGGGUCCUAUCUUAGAGUCAUUCGUUGCAUCUCAUGUCUUGUGCUUAGCAGUAGAAGUUAUCUUUCAUGUUUUUUGGCAUGUAACAAUUUGUAUGCAUGAAUCC